AGUGAAUGUGAAUCUUGUUUGUAAAAAUAGGACGAUUCCGAAUGCAUUUUUAUGUUAAUCUUCUACAAAAUAUAUAAAAUAUAAAUUUGAUUUUAUGUGGGAAUUAAUAUUGAGUGAUUGUUGUUUGUGUAUUUCAUACUUUGGAGCUCGGGCAUCGGUGUUGAAUUGGUUGAAAUAAGCAGUCAAACAGGUAAGCAGGAUGGAUCAACUUCGUUUUGAUGGUCGUGUGGCUGUGGUGACGGGCGCCGGCGGUGGUUUGGGCAAGGAAUACGCCUUGCUCCUCGCAUCAAGGGGUGCUAAAGUCGUCGUAAACGAUCUUGGAAGUGCUAGAGAUGGUGUCGGAAAGUCAAACUUUGCAGACGCUGUUGUUAAGGAAAUUAAGGACAAAGGUGGAGUCGCAGUCGCCGACUACAACUCCGUAGUUGAAGGCGAGAAGCUAAUUAAGACUGCACUUGAUAAUUUCGGCCGGAUCGAUAUCCUUAUCAACAAUGCUGGUAUUCUGCGUGAUAAGAGCUUCCAAAAAAUGUCCGAACAGGACUGGGACCUCAUCCAGGCGGUGCACAUGAAAGGCGCGUUCAAGACUACCCAAGCUGCGUGGGAAACCUUUAAGAAGCAGAAUUAUGGUCGCAUCAUCAUGACCUCCAGCAAUGCAGGUCUCAUGGGAAACUUCGGACAAGCAAAUUACAGUGCCGCAAAAAUGGGUCUGAUCGGUUUAGCGAGCACUCUGGCCAUCGAAGGCGCGAAGUACGAUAUCAAAGUGAACACCAUCGUCCCAACCGCAGCGUCGCGCCUUACAGAGGACAUCCUGCCUCCGGACAUGUUCCAAGCGAUGAAGCCUGAGCUCAUUGCUCCCGUUGUUGCCUACAUGGUGCACGAAUCGUUCCCUGACACUGGAGUAAUCAUCGAUUCCACUCUUGGCUUUGCCACUAAAGCUCAUCUCGUCAGAUCAUCUGGAACACCUUUGAGGAAGAAGCCCUCAGACCCAGUCACGAUAGAAUCAGUGAAGGAGAAAUGGUCGGAGGUUGUGAACAUGAACAAAGCCAAACAUUUCGACAAGAUAGCCGACGUCACACUCAAUCUGGUUGAGAAGUUACAGGAAUUCGAAGAGCGCAGCAAGUUGGAUAGCACGCGGGAGUCAUACUGGACCACAUACGGCUACAACUCUAAAGACCUCGUCUGUUAUGCUCUUGGCGUGGGUUCAUCGGUAGUGAACCCUACAGACCUUAAGUUCCUGUAUGAGAGUCACGAGCAGUUCACCGCGCUGCCCACAUUCUUCAUACUGCCUGGCAUGGUGAUGGAGUCGCCCGUCAUCGGCGAGGCCAUGCCGCCCGGCAAGUUCGCGGACUUCACCAACAUCCUUCACGGAGAGCAAUAUAUCGAGUUCAUCGGUGACUUCCCCGGUACUGAGGGAGAGUUCACGAUCCGCAACUACGUAGUCGACGUGCUUGAUAAAGGAUCCAGCGCCGUCGCGAUCGUUAACAGUGAAGUCUUCCAAAACCGAGAGUUAGUACUCCGUACACAGCAGCACAUCUUCGUUCUGGGCCAGGGCGGUUUCGGCGGGCCCAGGAACAGUACCCAAGCGGUCAGCGUGCAGGACGUGCCCAAACGCGCGCCUGAUGCCGUGGUUGAACAGAAAACUGCGGAGGAUCAGGCUGCUUUGUACAGAUUGUCUGGCGACUUGAACCCACUUCACAUCGAUCCGAAUGUGGCGUCCGCCGGCGGGCAUCCUAAGCCAAUCCUCCAUGGUCUGGCGUCUCUUGGAUUUUCUGCCAGACAUGUACUCGCCAAGUAUGCAGGCAAUGACCCUACAAACUUCAAAGCGUUGAAGGCUCGCUUCGUGAAACCCGUGCUGCCGGGACAGACCCUGGCGACGGAGAUGUGGCUGGAGGGCAAGCGCGUGCACUUCCAGACCAAGAUCAAGGAGACUGGCAAUGUGGUCAUCGCAGGCGCUUAUGUGGACUUGAAGAAUGUCGUCAAAGACGGUGGUGCCCCCGCACCGACGUCACAGUCGGUACAGAGCUCAGGAUCGUUGAAGAGCGACUCCCUGUUUGCCAAGAUUGCAGAAGGCGUCAAGGCCAACCCGGACAAAGCCAAGAGUGUGGGAGCGGUCUUUUUGUACAAUAUCAUUGAAAAUGGGAAAACUAUUAAGCAGUGGACUCUAGACUUGAAGAAAGACUUGACAGUAUACCAGGGAGAACCAAAGACCGGCAAAGCAGACACAACCAUGACAGUAUCAGAUGAAGAUCUCAUGGAGAUUGCAUCAGGCACCCUCAGUCCCCAAGUUGCCUACUUGAAGGGAAGACUCAAACUUGCUGGCAACAUCAUGUUGGCACAAAAGCUGGGACCUCUACUGAAGAGUGAUGCUAAAUUAUAAGCUUAAAAUAUUUUUUAGGGUUGCCAUUUUUUAUAAAAAUACCAAGUUUAUAUUAUAAAUGUCAAGUUUUCAAUGAUUAAACCUAUCCCCCUAGUAAUUAGCCACCUAAUUUGUGAUAAAAUCAUCAUUGCAAUUUUCAGUUUACCGUAUGAUAGCCAAUUGGGAUGAUGAUCAGUAAUCACAAUUCAUCCCAUAUGCAACGUGACGCAUAGGGCCAUUGUGAACUCUCGACAAUGUCAAACAUUAGUCUAUGGUGUCGUAAAAUCAAAGAAAAAUAGGGCUUCUUUAGGGCUACCUGUGUCAAACUUACUAACAUUAGAUUCCUGCCAGUAACGUAGAAGCCUUGAUGUUUUGUUAGAAAUUUACUGUCGAGAUCUGUGGCACUGGUCUAUUGAAUGGACCCUUCAUUUAUUCUUUUCCUACCAUUCAAUCCAAUUAACAGUCAUAAUAUAUUUAUUGUUGUUAUAAACUUGGUUAAUAUGAUAAGGGGAAAAUGUUAAAUGAUAUUCUACACAACAAAUGUCACAAAUGACUGAAAAGUGAAAAGGAGACUUGCAUUAUUAUUUAUUUUUAAGACAUUAUGUUGAUAAUAAUAAUUAUAUUUUUAUAUAUUAUUGUUAUUCAUUCCAAUGGAUUGUGUACAGGUGAUGGAGAAAUAAAUCACAUUUUA